CGUAACUCCUAAAAGCGGCCCCGAGAUUGGCUCUGCGCGGCUGGCGGUUCUUGUUUGUCAUCGCACUCCCGCACCCAUUUACCCGGUCAGAGUGCGACAGCCACAACUUUUUCAUCCAUCCCCUCUGACAUCCACCACGCCCCCCUCGCCAUCCCAUCCCCCGCCACGGCCACUCCCCGGCAGCACACCGUCCUCCACCGAGUGCUUGAUCAGCGCCCCACACUAGGCCCCGGAAUUCCGAAUUUCCCGACUUUGCCUUGGUCAGCCUCGACCAGCGACUGGUUAGGCGUCAACUCGACUUCUUGUCUCGGCAACCAACACUCAAACCCUACAACAGAGCUCUCGAUUCUGUUAUCUACCACUCAGCUCCAAUACCAUCGGAGACCUUCGGUAACCCUCUCACACAUCCAACAAUAUGGGUCUCCUUGCCCUUGGUACUCCUCUCAGCUGGGAGGAGACAAAGCCUCUCGCCGAGCAUAUCCGAGACCACGGUAUCACACAGUUUCUGAAUACCUGGGACCAGUGGAAGGAUAAAGCCGGGAAGGGGCUACUCUGGGGCGACGAGAUCGAGUACAUGGUUGCGUCGUUCGAUGAUGAGCACAAGGUUGCGAGAUUGAGCUUGCGCCAGACUGAAAUCCUCACAAAGCUCAAGAGUGUCACUCUCGACCCUGCCUUGGAAAAGUUCAAGCCCAAGAACUGCGCCGAAAUCCCCACCUUCCACCCCGAGUACGGACGGUACAUGCUCGAGUCCACCCCCGGAGGUCCCUUCUCCGGCAACCCAUGCUCCCUCACCGCCGUGGAAGCCGACAUGCGCUUUCGCCGACAGAUCAUCCGAUCGCACUUGCAAGACACUGAAAUCUCGAUUACCAUCACCUCUUGGCCCAGGCUGGGAGUGACCGACAGCGCGUUUACGGACCCAGAGACGAAGCCGGAUGUGGAGCGGAGUAGUAGUAAGAGUCAGUAUGUGGGUGAGUUGUUGACGAACCCUCAUGCGAGGUUCCCGACUUUGACGGCCAAUAUUCGCGAGAGGAGGGGGAGCUUGGUGGAUAUCCGACUUCCGCUGUACAUUGACGAGAAGACUCCGAUCCCAGAAGGCUUUGACAGGCCACAGCUCUCCACCACCAGUGCUCCUGGACCUGCCAAACCCCUGCCCGGCACGCCCUACAUCCACAUGGACGCGAUGGCGUUCGGCAUGGGCUGCUGCUGCUUGCAAAUCACGUUCCAAGCUUGGAACGUCGAAGAAGCGCGAAGAGUGUAUGACGCGCUGGUGCCCGUGGCUCCCAUCAUGCUGGCUUUGACUGCGGCGAGUCCGGCGUAUAGGGGACAGUUGGCAGAUGUGGAUGCGAGGUGGAAUGUGAUUGCUGCCAGUGUGGACGAUAGGACGCCGGAAGAGAGGGGUCUGAAGCCGUUGAAGGACGACAAGUAUCGGAUUCCCAAGUCGCGAUACGACUCUGUCGACUUGUACAUUGCGAAUGACGAGCGCAACAAACCCGAGUAUGUGGAUAUUGAUGUACCGGUCAAUCAAAAGGUCAAGAAGAGGCUGUUGGAGAAUGGCAUCGACGACAAACUCGCCAGCCACAUUGCCCACCUCUUCAUCCGCGACCCCCUCGUCCAAUUCUCCGAGACAAUCGACCAGGACGACAAGGAGUCCAUGGACCAUUUUGAAAACAUCCAAUCCACCAACUGGCAGACUAUCCGAUUCAAGCCGCCGCCUGUCAACUCGCCGAUCGGGUGGCGAGUCGAGUUUAGGAGUAUGGAGGUGCAGAUGACUGAUUUUGAGAAUGCGGCGUUUUCGAUCUUUAUCGUGCUGUUGACUAGGGCUAUUAUCAGUUUCAACUUGAACUUUUACAUGCCUCUGUCAAAGGUGGAUGAGAAUAUGCAGCGUGGUCAGCAGCGCGAUGCGGCUGCCAACAACAAGUUCUUCUUCCGCAAGAACGUGUUCCCUCUCGAAACUUCCUCUGGCUCCCGCUUCGACCCCCACUCCCGCCCAGUCUCUCCCCCAGGCUCUUCCGGCUCCUCCUCUCUCAACUCCCGUCCCAACGGCAACGGCAACGGCCACCGCCCGAACGGUAUCUCCCACGACCACCGCGCUCCUUCACCUGUCGCCUCCUCCUGCAGCUCCUUUGCCGACGAGCUCGGGGACGACUUUGGAGAGAUGAGCUUGGACGAAAUCAUGAACGGCGACGGAAGGGGUUUCCCGGGGUUGAUGGGGGUUGUGAAUGCGUAUUUGAAUUCACUGAAUGUGGAUGUGAAUACAAAGUGUGAUAUCAGGAGGUACUUGGACUUGAUCAAGUUGAGGGCGAAGGGCGACCUUGUGACCCCUGCUACGUGGAUCAGAAGCUUCAUCACCUCGCACCCGGCGUACAAGCAAGACUCGGAGGUCACGGACGAGAUCAACUAUGACCUCGUCAAGGCUAUCGACGAGCUCGAGAGAGGUGUGAGGUCAGCCCCCGAGCUUUUGGGUAGAGACUAUGUUGGAUCAGGGCCUACGGGCUGUCUUUAGGAGAAGGAGAAUAUAGAUGAUGUGGUAUAGCGGCUUCUUUUCAUUUUUCGAUUCUAGAUGAGGGCGCGGUAUCCGCGCAUGGUGACUUUUUUUCGCAUGGGUAGAAGGGUCUGUGGGUGACCCCAGCAUGUAUAAUAACGUUGACAACGA